AUGGAGCGGGUUCACGAACUAGUCAACUCCGCUAGGGACUUCAUACAUGAACAUCGACCUUUUAAUGGAGGCACCGAUGACGAAACCAAGGAAGAACCCGGCCCCGCGCAAUCUGGACUUACCGAUCUCUUCCCCUUGGACGAAAAUGCUUACCCGGAAAACCCCAAAUUUGACAAUCGCUUCAAUGGAGGUACACUGUACAUGACCAUGCGCCCAGUGACAGGGCUGGAGAGGCUCGCCACCUGGCAGGCGGAGAUGGAAUUCUACGUCAAGGACAUGGAAUCUCUCAUGCUGAACGGGCUGCACUGGUCCGAGGCCAACGUGGAGAAAGCGGGCGGGUGCAUCAUGGUCCCGUCAGACAACAUGCCCAACCUACCACGAUCCCUGGGUUGGUUGUUCGGCCGCCGCUACCUGCUGAAGGACCUGGGCGACGACCCCAAAUGGAGGGCCGCGCUGUGGAUCUAUGGACGGACUUGUGCCGAGCUGUUGCAGCUGAAGCUCGACGACCUCUCUGUUGAGUUGGUCCGGCGUGCGAAGGCCAUUGCCCCGGGUAUGGGCGAGGUCUAUAAGUUCGACCUGGCUCGAGAGGACGGGUACAAUACAAACGAGUUGUAUGGGCGCAGGCCGCUGGAAGGGUGGUGGCCAUGGCCAAAGGAAAAUCAAUUGAAACCACUGGAGUUUAACUGUGCAGCUAUUAUAGACGACAGUUCUUCGAAUGUUGCAGCAUUGUAA